AUGGCCUUCGAUGUAUCAACCUUCGAAACCCUAACCCCUUCUCGCUUUAUCUCCAUCACCAUACCCAACCCAUCCUCCUCUUACCAUUCUCUCCUCCGAGUUGCUGUUCUUGACUCGCCACUCCAACCCACUCACGAACCCCGCAUUGCUGCUAUGUUAGUUCCACAAGGCCGUGAAACUGAUUGGAUCUUCUCUACUAAAUCAGGUCAUCUCCAACUUCUCUUCACUUCUCCACUAAUAUCCCGUUUCAUUUUGAUCGGUAACCAGCCUCAUUCUGAUUCCGAUUCUUCAAAUCAUAUUUAUCACCGUCCAUUGAAUUGUUCAUUGCAUCAUCAAGGAUUUGAUUUCGAGGUAUGGUCGAAACCUCUUCUCCUUGCUUUGUCUCCCAAAUCUUUGUUUAAAAACGGUAUCCCUGAUAUACCCAUUUUGAGUUACCAAGAUAACUUGCUUUCUAGUGUAACAAUACAUCAAUGUAUUAGUUCUCAUGUUGGUGAAAUGUUGAUUGAAGAUGUUGAAAUCGAUACUCAGAGUGAAACGCAAAAUCAUGAUUGUUUUCGAAGAGAGUUUCGAAGGCGGUUGAGGUUCAAGAGGAUGCCUAAUCUGAUUCAGACAGAAGUGCUUAUUGUUCCAGAGUCGGAUCUUAGUUCAAAAAGUUUAUGCGUUGAAAAUGCAAAGUUUAUGCUUGAUCUUCGUGUUUUAGUUCACCCUUACUUGGCACCUAUGGUGGCUAGUCUUUCAAUAAUAAAUCAAUCUAUAGAUGGACGAAUUCGAAAUGGGUUAAGACCAAAAGCUUUAUGCCUUGGAGUUGGAGGCGGGGCUUUGCUAUCUUUUCUGGCAAUUCAAUUGGGUUUUGAGGUCAUCGGUGUUGAUAGUGAUAAGGAGGUUUUGAAGGUGGCAAAGAACUACUUUGGAUUGGAAGAAUCUGAAUUUAUCCAUCUUAUCCUUGGGGACGCAGUUAAAUAUAUGAAGAAGCUAGCUUACCAAGCUGAUUCUGAGCUUUAUGGUUUUGAUCACUUGGUGAAUGGUGAGGUAGCUCAUAAGUUUGAUGCUAUCAUGGUCGAUUUGGAUUCAAGCGAUAUUAGAGAUGGUAUAAGUUCUCCACCCUUGGAAUUUGUUAGAAAGAAUGUUCUACUUGCUGCAAAAUUAGUUCUUUCUGAACUUGGAAUUCUUGUGGUUAAUGUUAUUUCUCCAAGUAAGUCAUUCUAUGACAAUUUGGUAAAUCAUUUUCAGAAAGUUUUCCAUGAUCUGUACAAGAUAGAUGUGGGGAAUGGUGAAAAUUUCAUGCUUAUUGCCACAGUAUCACCUCAGGUGUUUUCUGUUGAGGAUUGCAGUAGCCCUUUUCUGUUGCAAUUGAAAUCAGUGAUUCCAAUAACAUACAUAAAUUCCAUAAGGAAGAUAUAA